CUUUGAAUCGUUGGCAAGAGAAAAGUUCCUUGGCUCCUUUAACAGCACUAUAGAUUCAGCCGACACAGUCAGGCGUGAAACAAGCAUAUUUGAUCGAUCCUUCUAGGUGUUUGGUGCAUGUCCCAUAAGCGCAAUGGGAUAUCGACUCGCCGAAACUGACCGAGACAAGACUGAUCCAAAACAUUUGUGUACAAAGUGCAAUGAUAUAUUACAAGAACCGAAGCAGACAUCUUGUGGACAUCGUUACUGUAGAGGAUGCAUAGACUCAGUUCUGAGUAAAGAAAAUUCGGAGAGGAAGUGUGUUGAGGAUGGUACCUUGCUAAGGGAAGAAGAGGUCUUCCCUGAUAAAUUUGUGGAGCGCGAAAUCCUCCAACUAGUGCUUCAUUGUCCCCGUUUCGAGAAAGGGUGCCAGUGGAUCGGCCAGCUAAAGCACCGUCAGGAACAUGACCACACUUGUGAGUUUGUUGAAAUUCCAUGUGUUCACUCCAGAUGUGGAACUAUGGUACAAAGAUCAGACCUCGCCAGUCAUCUUGAAAACGAUUGCAGCUGCAGGGAGGAGCUGUGCACCUAUUGUGGAAAACGCAUCUUGGUCGUUGAUAUGGCGGACCAUCAUCAAACAGACUGUCCAAGUUAUCCUCAGUGUUGCCCUAAAUGUGGAAAUGAAGAUAUUCCACGCUGUCAGGUUUCUGUUCACUUGGAUCCAGUAGUUGGGGACUGUCAAGAAAUGAAAACAGUGUGUCCAUUUGCAGCGAUGGGCUGCAAAAAAACAAAGCCUAUGCGUUUUAAUGAAAGAAAGGAUCACCUCAAAGAAUACACACCAGAACACAUGACUUAUUUGCUGCAGCACUUUACAGAACUGUCCUCGCUCGUUAGCAGCACUUUGAGUUAUGCAUUAUCAAGCAAGAUCAGUGGCUUAAUUGUUCCCAUUGAAAAACAACUGGACUAUUCGAUCAAGCAGAUAGGAGCAGCAUUAGUGGAGACUGGUGCACUUAAAUCAAGAGGUGACCAACAAGAAGCUCGCAUCGAAAACCUGGAGAAAGCUGUAGAUCAUUUCAGACUGCUUGGUGACUCAAGCGAUAAUAGUGAGCAGCUCGAACUCUCCACAAAAGUUAGCGACCAAGCAGCUAAAAUUUCUGACCUGGAGGUGUUUAUGAUUGAAGGAAACAAAAAUGACGAAGAUCUCGGGCGACAGAUCAAAGGGUUGAAGGGAGAACACGAGAAUUUCAAAGAAGUGUUUUCAAAGAUACAGCGACGUCUCGAGUCCAUAGAGCACACGCUGGGCCUGCGUAAUGUGCUUCUGGCUGAUUUGGAGGAACAAGUCAGACAGAAUGAGGUUUCUAGUCACAAUGGCAUCUUGCUUUGGAAAAUCUCCGACUUUGCCAGAAAAAGGCAAGAUGCACUCAGCGGCAGACAAGUGUCUCUCUACAGUCCACCUUUUUACGCUAGUAGCUAUGGAUACAAGAUGUGUGUGCGCCUUUAUCUAAACGGAGAUGGAAUGGGCAAAGGAACACACAUCUCGUUGUUCUUUGUGGUUAUGCGCGGUCCGUACGAUGCACUUCUUCGCUGGCCUUUCAGACAGAAGGUCACCUUCAUGUUGUUGGAUCAGGAUGACGUUGAACAUGUUAUCGACGCCUUCAGACCGGAUCCAAGUAGCAAAUCCUUCCAACGACCAAAGAGAGAUAUGAACAUCGCCAGUGGUUGUCCAACGUUUUGCCAUCUAUCGGGGUUAAACAACCACGCUUACGUGCGCGAUGAUACCAUGUUCGUUAAGGUCAUAAUUGACACUACAGACAUUUGAGUUAUGACUGUAACUUUUAAGGGUUUAAGCCAUGAUAAGUUACUGGUUUUAAUUGCAUUUCCAGAGCCUGUAAACCUAGGCUAUUGUUUAUUAAAUUUACAAGACAGAACUUCGAAAAUCCCGAAAAGUGGGAGACCAUUUCCUAAAC